AUGGCCAACCUCGCUGAUGGGGCUACCAUGGACUUCCACAGAAAUCAACUCGCUUUGAGCCUUGACAAUGUCGCUGCAGCCAUGCGCCAGUGCGCGAGCAUGGCAGACCAUUUCGCUCAGCUGAUCAGGGCGUCCGCAGUGACCCCGAUAAACCCCCAGAUGGUUCAUGGACACCCAGCUCUCCAAGCCCCUGUUGUUCCAAACGGCGGGGGGAUCGUCGGCGCGCCUCUGGCAGAGUCGAACGACGGGGAGAAGACCCGCAAGCGCAAAGCUCCGGCCGAGGACGUCGCUGAAGAGGGCAAGAAAAAGCGCAGCAAGAAGCCCAAAGACCCCAACGCGCCGAGACGCCCUGCUUCCUCGUAUAUCCUCUACCAGAACCAUGUGCGCAAGGACUUGAGGGCAAAAUUCCCCACCCUCUCCAAUGCUGAGCUCCUCAGUAUGAUAUCAAAGCAGUGGGCAGAGAUGACCGAGGAUGAGAAGCUCUAUCCUGACGCGUCUGUUCCGUUGCAGAUCUAUCACCAAGCCACAGCAGACGCGAAGGAGAAGUUCCAAGCCGAUAAGAAGGCAUACGAGAACCGCUCUCCGGAGGAGGUUGCUGCUGCUACCAUGGCUGCCGAAGAAGCUGCUGCUGCAAAGAAAGUAAGAAAGCCGCGCGCGCCAAAGGCUCCCAAAGUGCCGGUGCAGCAGCUCGCUGCCCCCGCUGCCCCGAAGGCCGUCGUUUCCUCGAGUCACGACGAAGCUUCCGAUGAGUCUGAUGAGGAUUCUGAUGAGGACAACCCCGCCCUACCGAAAGGCGUCGCGGCGAAAUCAGCCCAACAAAGUGAUAGCGAGGAGGAGGAGAGCGAUGAAGAAGAUGAUGAUGAUGAAGAAGAGCACCAAGGAAAGCGACAGAAGGGUGGUCCAGCUCCCGCGGGCAAGCGAAGAAACCACGCAUGA